AAUCAGUUUCAAGACUGGACAAAACUACAUAAUAUAUAAACGAACAAUGUGCUUUUAUUUGACUCUUAAGAACAAUGAAACUGAAAGACGCAUUUCUUACCAAUAAAUAACAAUGAUCUUUUUUAUCCUAGAGGCUAAUUUUAAUUGGAGUUUAUAUUAUCACGUAAAAUAGUAACGUUAUGCUUACGCUACUCAUAGCUCUGGCCGUUUCAGUGUAGCAUUUUAUAUAUAGCGUUUGUAGCGUUUCAAGUAUUUGGCAAUUUUUGAUUUUGCAAACAUUCUAAUACAAAAUUCAAUAAUAGUUUAAUGAAGAAAUGUUUAUUAAAAUUACCGGAAAAUGCUAGCUUUAUAAACUGUUCAAAUGAUUUGCCUUUUGACCUUGUUGAUGUUUUUAAUAUCCUCAUCAUCCUUCCCGACAUCCCCUCCGAGUGAUGAAGACAUUGAUGAAGAAUAUUACUCCUCCCCCUGUGGAAAAUUUGACGGUGAUGGUGAAUACGACAUUAUUAUUGAUGAAAAUGUGAUAGAUGAUUCUGAUGAGAGCUAUGAGGACAUGAACAUAUCGGAUAGUGAAAUAGAUGAAGAUGAUCCCACUAAUAUGGAUAAUGUAAUAGAGUUUAUGGGUUACAUUUGUGGAAAUAAAACCGAUGAUAAAAACAGAAGACGAAAAAGACAACUAUAAAGUUAUUAAAAAUAUAAUUAUUUCUACAUGCUAUCGCUAAAAAUGUCAUUGAUUGCCUUUUUGUCAAGGUUUUCCAGCUUUCUCAGUGCAAUUUAAGUAUUAUAUACCUUUUGUAGACUUUGUUGAUGCUUUUAACUCCCUCAUCUUCAUCUCUUCCGAGUCAUCAAGACAGUGGUGAAGAUCAGUACUCCUCCUCCUGUAGAAAAUUUGACGGUGAUAGGGAUUGUGACACUAUUAUUGAUGAAAAUGUGAUUAACGAUUCUGAUAACAGUUGUGAGGAUAUAUCGGAAAGUGAAACAAACAAAGAUGAUCAUGAAGAUAUGGAUGACAUAAUAAAGUUUGUGGGUUACAUUUGUAAAAAUAAAACCGAUGAUAAGAGCAGACGACAAAAGAUACAACGACAAAAUUAUUAAAAAUAAAACUAUAUCUGCAUGCGA